AUCUUAAUUGCAGUCCAUUGGGUGGAGAGGAAACGAAGACUGGGGAGGGGUCCUGGGAGUCUGAGGCGAGGAUUUGAUGCGUUGGCAGAACUUGAUAGAGGGUGGCAGGCAGGCAGGCAGGCGCUGCGUGUCGCUGUCGGAGUCGGGGCUCCCAGGACGGGGGUCCUCUCCCUUCUCGCGGGGGAAGAAGCCCUAAAACUGCUGCGGGAAUGUCCGGGUGCAGCGUGCACGGGCGUUCUCAGUGUGUGUGGACGCUUGUGCCGCAGCUAUGUCACGCACCUGAUGAAGCGGAUCCAGAGGGGCCCCGUGCGAGGCAUCUCCAUCAAGCUGCAGGAGGAGGAGAGGGAGAGGAGGGACAACUACGUGCCCGAGGUCUCAGCCCUGGAUCAGGAGAUCAUUGAGGUUGAUCCUGACACUAAGGAAAUGCUGAAGCUCUUGGACUUCGGCAGUCUGUCCAACUUGCAGGUCACUCAGCCCACAGUUGGGAUGAAUUUCAAAACACCGCGUGGAGCCGUUUGAAUCUUUUGCUAUGCUGUAAUAUUAUCAAUAAACCAUGGACACCUUG